GAAAAUUGUGAAAAUAUAUGAGGAGUGUGUGGGUGAGUUGUGUACCUAGGAUUGGGAGUUGUACACAAACCACAACAGUAUCAGGCUACUAGCAAGUAGCAACUUACACAUUUACACUGUAGCUAGUUAGCUACAAACACAAUUACCUCGAAACUCGAAACAAACCACACUCAAGACACAUCGCCGCGCCUCCGCGAGCGAGUAAAGCGGUCAUGGCAACUCUGGAGUGACUACCGAGUGCCUUGAACAUAACGCUGAUACUGAUAACACUUCAUUUCAUUCAGUGACUCACAAAGCUCAAAGCUCCGAUGAAGAAUCACAAACCACUAUUCUUCAUCACCAUAUUCACGGUGCUAGUCGCAGUGGUACCUACCGUACAACUAGUUGUAGCAUCGUUACCAUCAGCAUCAUCGUCAUCAUCGCGCAAAGUUGGCGAAUGGGAGAUCCUCACCAAACACAAUUUCUCUUCUCAGAUCCAACUCUAUCCCCACAUCCUCCUUCUCCUCACUAUUCCAUGGUCUGGUGAGGCUCGUUCUCUUAUGAAGGAUGUGUCACUAAUGGUUUCUGAUAGGUUUGAAGAGUUUGGCAAUCUGAAAUUGAUGUAUAUGCAUAGGAAUAUUGAGAAGAUGCUGGCAGAUUCCCUUGGUGCUAGUGCUGAUGGGAUAUCAGUGCUUUAUUUUCACUAUUCGGUGUCUUACAAGUACAAAGGGAGGUUCAAUGCCAGGAACAUUUUGUCUUCAUUGCGUCCUUACAUGUCUCUUGCGCCUGAGGAGGUUCCUCUCAAAUCCCUCAACACUCCUGAGGAUUUGAGAGUCUUCGUCGAUUCAACCGAUAAGGUUCUGGUUCUUGUUGACUUUUGUGGUUGGACCCCGAAGCUACUCGCCAAGAGUAGGAAAAAUGGAACAGAAAAUGGGUUUAGCAUGCGAGGUGAUCACCUUGGAAUGGGCUUUAGCGGAGGGAAUGACAAACUUCCAAUAUCAAGUGGGAAGACUAACCAGAAGGUGCCUGAGAAUCAUAUGUGCAAGGCGGAGCUUGGUAUCAAUAAUGGGUUCUGUGAAGCUCCUGGGCUUGGGGAAUCUGCCUCAGUAAAUGAUGGUCUUCUUGAGGAUUCUAAGGAUACAACUUUUCAUGUUCCAUAUUCCUGUUCACCUGAACAAUUCGAACGGUUUCAUUCUUUUUACUUGAAAUUCAUGACUGCUGUGAGAGAAUUCUUUCUGCCUCCAGAACGACAUAGAUUUGGUCUGGUUUCAGAUAAAUCAAUGCUUUCAUCCCUUGGUGUUGAUGAAUCUGGUUCGUGGUUUGCAGUUCUCUACCAAGCUGGGUGUUCAAGUUGUUCAAAUAUUAUUAAAGUAGAGGAUGACUUGAACUAUGUUUUGCAGAUGAAUAAUUAUUUUGUCAAAGAGCUGGAAGGUAAUGGACAUGAUCGGGAUCCAAUUUUACCAGCAAACAAGCCAUCAGUACUUUUAUUUGUUGAUAGAUCAUCUGACUCCUCUGAGACUAGGGGGAAAAGUAAGGAAGCACUUGAUGCUUUUAGAGUAUUGGCACAACACUAUAAUGUUGUGAAUCAAGCAGGUAAUAGUAGCAAUGAUAAUCACGUGAAAGUUUCUGUCCAAGAUUAUCAUGAGUGGAAGAGUAAAUCUGAGCAUCCCAAGUUAAAGUUGUCUAUGACAGCUCAGAAGAUUAAACUAAAGGAGAAGCUGUCUUCCAUCAUGCUUCUAAAAGAUGGUCAGCAACUUCGAUUGGAAAAUAUAGCUUCGGAUAUAAAAGCUAGUUCUUUGAGUGAGAUCUUUGGUUACCUUCUCCAGCAAAAGAAGGCUUCAAAACUUAGCUCCCUUGCAAAGGAUUUAGGUUUCCAACUUUUAUCUGAUGAUAUUGAUAUCAAGUCAGCAAAUGCUGAACAACCACCGUCAGAGUUUCAGUCAAAUCAAAUUUCAACAGAAACUUCUCAAGAAGGCCAUACGGAUACUGUAGAGCAGGAAAAUGGUCCACAUAGAUCUGCUAUUGAGCUUCAGAGCAAUCCCAAUUUAAAUGAUCCAUCUUCUCAGCAUGACGAAGUGAAGCCACCUACUAUUGUCUCAAGUAAUGAUAUAAAAUAUGGGGAUUCUGAAGAAUCUGUUGGUGAUCAAGAUCUUUCUGCUGCCAACUUGAAACUGGAAACAGAAGAUUCUUCAGAUGGGUACAUGAUCGGGGAAGGAAAGUCUCAUUUUAUUGGUUUUAAUGGUUCUUUUUUCUAUUCUGAUGGAAAUUACCAGUUACUUAAAAGUCUAACUGGGGGUUCUACAAUUCCAUCUUUGGUUAUAGUUGACCCCUUUUGGCAACAACACUAUGUUUACCCUGAAGUGGAAACUUUCGACUUUUCUUCACUGCAUGCUUUUCUUUCCGAGUUUCUUAAUGGAACCCUGUAUCCGUAUCAGCGGUCAGGACAUGUUCUUAAAGGCCAAAGGGAGGCCACCCGUCCUCCAUUUGUUAAUUUGGAUUUUCAUGAGCUGGACUCUAUACCUAGGAUCACGACUUGCACUUUCUCUGAACUUGUUAUUGGUUUCAACCUGUCUAAUAAAGAAAAUGCUUCUAAUGCAUGGAAUAAAGAUGUGUUGGUCUUGUUUAGCAAUAGUUGGUGUGCAUUUUGCCAGAGAAUGGAAAUGGUUGUACGGGAAGUAUAUUUGGCCAUCAAGGACUAUGCAAAUAUGUUGAGGAGUGGAUCCCAGGACGUGAAAGGCUUGGAUUAUGUUACGCUGAAGCUUCCUGAAAUCUACUUAUUAGAUUGUACGUUGAAUGACUGUGACUUGAUAUUGAAGUCAGCAAAUCAGGGCGAGGUUUAUCCUGCACUGAUUUUAUUUCCGGCAGAAAUCAAGAAAGCUAUUCUUUAUCAAGGAGAUAUGGCAGUAAUUGAUAUUAUGAAGUUUGUGGCUGACCAUGGAAGUAACUUUCAUCAUCUUAUCAAGGAGAAAGUUCUUUGGGUAUCUGAGAGGGUAGUGAAGAAUCAAGAUUUGUAUGAUACUUUGCAAACUGAAAUCCAUGAAGAAUCACUUCAUAAACACAGCAAAUAUGUUGCAGCUCCAGUUCAUGAUAACAUGGGGGACGAGGUGGUCAGACCUAAUGUGAUGAAUUCACCUGUAUCAGAUGGAUCACAUGAAGCAUUGUCUCAAGUGAUGAUUGGUUCAGUGCUAAUUGCCACAGAAAAGCUCUCUGGGGUUCAGCCAUUUGACAGAGCGAAGAUUCUCAUCGUGGCAGCUGAUCAAUUAACCGGAUUUCAAGGUCUUAUCAUUAACAAGCCUAUAGAAUGGAAUGUUCUGCCUACACUCCAAGAAGGUUUUGAAAAGCUUAAGGAGGCUCCUCUAUCCUUUGGUGGUCCAGUUAUGCAAUCUGGACUGCCUCUUUCAUCUUUAACAACAGUUUCCAGUGGUUCUUCACCCGAAAUCCUUCCCCGAAUUUACUUUCUUGAUCAGGUAACAACAAUUCGAAAAAUCGAGGAACUAAAGUCAGCAAAUAAACCAGCUGAUAAUUACUGGUUUUUCCUCGGGUUCUCGAGUUGGGGUUGGGACCAGUUAUAUCAUGAAAUGGCAGCAGGAGCAUGGGACUUGAGUGAUGAUGGCGUGAGACAUUUAAAUUGGCCAUGACUACCAUUUAUUCACCUUCUUCAAUGUUCUAAAAGACUCGAUAUUUAUUAAGUUCUUGUUCAUUGUAUGAAUAAUUUACAAGAGCAUAUAUAGACAAAAGUAGGCAAGUAGCAUCCAUUUUGUGAUUAGUUAUAA